AUGGCAACCACUAACUUCAACCCGGGAGGAGGCGGGGGGGCACUGCCCGUAAGAGCUGAAAGCCUUCCCCUCCCUCCACCUUCCCGCUUAGCAAAAUGGCGACGAAGGGUGCCCAGGCCCCGCCCCCCAGGUGACUGCCAGGUUGUGCGGUCACGUGACACGCGGAGCCGGCUGGUGGCGCGUUGCUGUAGGGACGGGGCGGCGCUCCUGGGACGCUGUCGGCGGCGCGGAGCGGAGCGGAGAGGAGCGGGUGGGAUGGGGUGCGCGGCUUUGCUGUGGGGCUGGCUCCUGCUUGGCUGCAGCUGGGGCCCGGCCCCCCUCGGGGUCAGCGCCGCUGCGCUCUUGACGGCCACCUACGUGCUGGACGAUGCCAGCGGGCCGGGCAGGCAGUUCGACGGGAUCGGGGCUGUCAGCGGCGGCGGGGCCACAUCUAGACUUCUGGUGAACUACCAAGAACCUUAUCGCUCCCAGAUUUUAGAUUAUCUGUUCAAGCCAAGUUUUGGUGCUUCUUUACAUAUACUCAAAGUAGAAAUUGGAGGUGAUGGACAAUCAACAGAUGGUACUGAACCCUCCCAUAUGCACUAUGAAAAUGAUGAGAACUACUUCCGGGGCUAUGAAUGGUGGCUGAUGAAAGAAGCUAAAAAGAGGAACCCCAAAAUUAAACUGAUUGGAUUACCUUGGACAUUUCCAGCAUGGAUAGGGAAGGGUGAAAACUGGCCCUAUGACUAUCCGGAUGUCACUGCUUAUUAUAUUGUUUCUUGGAUAUUAGGAGCUAAACAGUAUCAUGAUUUGGACAUUGACUAUAUUGGGAUAUGGAAUGAAAGGGCAUUUAGUAGCAAAUAUAUUAAGGUACUUCGACAAUCUUUGGACAGACUGGGUCUAAGGAACAUUGGCAUCAUCGCUGCGGAUGGAGAUUGGAACAUUUCAAAGGAGAUGAUAGUUGAUCCCUAUCUUAAUGAUGCUGUUGAGGUAGUUGGGGCUCACUAUCCUGGAACAAAAACAGUGCCAAACGCCUUAUUAACGAAGAAGAAACUGUGGUCUUCGGAAGAUUACAGUACUUUCAAUGAUGAAGUAGGUGCAGGCUGCUGGGCUCGGAUCCUGAACCAAAACUACGUGAAUGGAAACAUGACCUCAACCAUUGCAUGGAACUUGGUGGCUAGUUAUUAUGAAGAGUUGCCCUUUGGUCGAUGUGGAUUAAUGACAGCGCAGGAGCCGUGGAGUGGCCACUACAAAGUAGAAGCUCCUAUCUGGAUUACAGCACACACAACACAAUUUACUCAGCCAGGCUGGUCAUACUUGCAAGUGGAUGGACACUUAGAAGGAGGUGGCAGCUUUGUAGCUCUCACAGAUGGCCUGGGAAACCUUACCGUCAUCAUUGAAACUAUGACUCAUAAUCACUCUCAAUGUAUCAGGCCUCCACUGCCUCAUUUCAGUGUGACACCUCAGAGAGCAACUUUCUACCUCAAAGGGUCAUUUUAUAUGGUGGAAACCCUUCAAGUGUGGCAUUCUAGACUUGGUUUUGAAUCUGGAAACUCUAGUCUUUUCCAGCAACUCCAUCCUGUAAAGGUGUGGAAGGGAAGUUUUUCUUUAGAUCUGAACGUGGAUGAAGUUUACACUUUAACUACACUCAAGACAGGGCAGAAAUGUGGUUGCCCAGAGCCUCCACCACCUCAGCCUUUUCCUUCAAAUUACAAAGAUGAUUUCAAUAUUCGUAAUCCACCUUUCAGUGAAGCCCCAAAUUUCGCAGAUCAGACAGGUGUAUUUGAAUACUUCAUAAAUGCUUCUGACCCAGGAGAUCAUGUGUUCACACUCCGCCAGGUGGUGGUUCAGCGACCUAUCACUUGGGCUUCUGAUGCAGACCAGACCAUCAGUGUCAUAGGAAAUUUUCAGUGGGUAAACAUGACAGUCACUUGUGACAUCUACAUAGAAAAACAACGUGAUGGGGGCGUGUUUGUUGCAGGAAGAGUCGACAAUGGUGGGAUAUAUGUUCGACGUACCAAAGGAGUUUUCUUCUGGGUUUUUGCAGAUGGCACCUACAGAGUCACUGGUGAUCUAGCUGGAGAAGAAAUAUUAAUGAAAGGACUGUCUGGUGUCCGGGAUAAUGCGUGGCACACACUUACUCUCAACAUUCAGGGCACUUCUGCCUCAGGACUGUUAAAUGGUUAUCCACUCUGGGAGAAUGUCACCAUUUCGAAACCAAGUAACGGCUGGGCUGCUGUUGGAACUCGCUCGUUUGAGUUUGCACAGUUUGACAACUUUCAUAUUGAAGCUAGCUGAGGUGGCUUUUGCAUUUGGAGAACCCGGUUCUCAUACUACUUUGAAUAAGAGCCAGUUCAAACUUUGAGGACAACUUAAUGCUAUGCUGAGACUGAUCUGUUGGCAAGGAAUCUGAAUUCUGUCCUUAUUAUUUGUUAAAGGUUUACUUGAGCAGGUAUCAACAUGGCUGUAACUUUAUCCCCUGGUUGUGAUGCAAUUUUUGCCCUUCGAUCUUUGGGGGUAAAUUUUAGUUCAAGGUAAUGAUGAAAACAAAAUCAUGGAUUUAAAACUCUUUUAAUAAAACAACAUCUUAACUUCCCAGCUCACUUUCAAGAUAACUGUAGAAGUUAACAGAAGACAGAGGCAUCUCAAGCUGCAUUUUUAAUACUUACAUGAUUGUGUCCAUUCCUUUCACUCUGAAAGAAAGAAUUAAAUGCCAGUAAGCCUUAUGAGCCAGUGGCCCCAUACUUCCGUAGGUCUGUCAUUCUCAAAUUUCACUGGAUGAAGUACGUAGUUUUUCUAUAGUAAAAAAAAAGAUGCUUUGUCUGUGUUUCUGCUGCAGUCUGAGGCUAGACAUUACAGUACUCCAAGUGCAUUUGAUUACUUCUUCCUGAUUACUUCUUCCAACUUUCAUUGCCAGUCUUAAAAUAGAUCAUAUUUUCAGUCGAAUGGAAAUGUGCCUUAUGGCUGGUCAGACGGUGCAGGACGUGCCUUACUUCUAAACUACCUCCUCUUUCCAAUGAAAGGGUUGAAAUGGUUGAAAAGAUAGCGUAACUUGCAGUUCGUUAAUGAUAGCUCUGUGGU